AUGACGUUUAAGAUCCACCAGGUUGCGAACAAGAAAUUCUACGGACAGCGGAAGGGGAGGGGGUCCAUGGCCGUCGCGAGGGCGUAUUCGAAAUACGGCGCCGCGGUCCCGGAUGAUCUGCUCUCGACGAUAGAGGAGAUCUUGAAGGAACUGGGUUUGUGGGGGAACGAUGGAGCUGGGAAGAAUUCUACUGCCGAUCCUCAAGGCGAGGUUGCGGCGGUCCCGCAGAUGUUCGAUUCCGAGUAUUUAUGCCCGGUAGAGAUCGGUACUCCGCCGCAGACUUUGAACUUGGACUUCGAUACGGGUUCGUCCGAUCUGUGGGUAUUUAGUUCCGAGACACCGGCGAACCAAGUCAUGGGCCAGGAUGCCUGGGACGUUGAACAGAGCUCGACGGCUCAGCUGCUACCAGGCGAAUCGUGGGCUAUCAGCUACGGGGAUGGUAGCAGUUCUAAUGGAAAUGUUUACUUGGAUACAGUCUCAGUUGGAGGGGUUACUGUUCAGAAUCAAGCAGUAGAGUCUGCCCGUAACGUCUCGGUCUCCUUUACGCAACGACCUGACACAGACGGGCUGCUUGGGUUGGCAUUUGGCUCUAUCAACACGGUUAGACCUACCCAGCAGAAGACGUUCUUCGAGAAUGCGAUAUCAGAUCUCGCCUCUCCCCUGUUUACCGCUAACUUAAGGAAAGCGGAGCCGGGUAACUACAACUUCGGCUUCGUUGAUAAGACGGAAUACACGGGGGAAAUUACGUUCGUGCCGGUUAAUUCGUCGACGGGCUUCUGGCAGUUUACCUCGGAAGGAUACUCCGUCGGCGGCUCCGACGCCGUUUCCGCGCCGCACGAAGCCAUCGCGGAUACAGGUACUACUUUAUUACUUCUCCCACAAGAGAUCGCAGACGCAUACUACUCGAAAGUUCCAGGUGCGGUCAACGACGUGCGGGGAGCGGGAGGCUACGUCUUCCCGUGCUCGGCCUCGCUGCCGGACUACACAGCGAUGAUCGGGAGCCACGAGGCGGUGAUCCCGGGCGACUUCAUCAACUUCGCGCCCGUGGACGGCGACACGUUCGAGGACGCGACGACGUGCUUCGGGGGCAUACAGGCGUCUCCGGGGAAUAUCCGGUUUGCGAUUUACGGGGAUAUCUUCCUGAAGGCACAGUUUGUCGUUUUCCACGGCGGGAAUAAUCAGCUUGGAUUCGCUAAUAAGCCCCUUUGA